AUGUCUUUCGGAUUUUCCGUUGGCGACUUCCUUGCAGCAGGCGAACUCAUCUUCAAAGUCAGCUGUGCUCUACACGAAGCUGGCGGCUCAGCCCAACAGUACCGACAAGUUGACCUCCAGCUGAAUAGCCUGAAAUUCGCCUUGAAUGAAGUCGAUAAGCUUGAUCCACCACAAGAUCUCGAAGCUACUGGGAAUUCAAUAAAAGCAGCUGCGUUAUCCUGCCAGCUGCCGCUGAAGCAAUUUCUUGCUAGUAUUGAGCCAUAUGACCGCAGCCUAGGCAUUGGUCAAUCUUCUGGCGCCAUCAAAGACGCCGCGCGCAAAAUAAGAUGGGUAGCUACGAAGAAAGACGAUGCAGUGGGAAAGUUACGAGGCGAGCUAGCAGGGUAUGUUGGUAGCAUCAAUAUGUUGCUCGUUGAGAAGCUAGGCCUUGUCAUUGGAGGUAUUGAAUCCAGGAUCGCAGAUGAGACCUAUUUGAUCUGCGAUGAAGUCAAAAAUUCACAACAGCAGGCGUCCAGGGUAGUACAAGUCUUCGAAAACAAAAUUACGACGACCUUUGGAGACUUUUUACAAAGCCUAGGCAAAAUCUCAGAGGUUGCAUGCAACACAUACUCAACAACUUUACGAUGCUACAACCUCUUGCUGUCACUACAGACAAAUAUUUCUGUUGCUAGUACUGCUCAUACCUGGCUCCAAUCGCGUAUGAGAGUUGAAGAUCCCUUUGGCAUCCCCUUUCCGGUUCCCACAGAAUACGACUACGCGAUGUUAGAAGCCGUCAUAAGAGCUCGAUUCAGAGAAGGCAAGGGAAAGGACCUUGUUGCGCAUGAUCAGUGGGAACUAUUCGACACAAGUAAUCCCUCAAUUUCCAUAAAUUCAAACAAGUGGCAGUUCUUCCCUGGUAUGAAAAUUACCAUGGCUAUGAUAUUACCGCGCUUCAACAGUGAAAUGCGUUGUCCACGCCCGGGAUGCCACUCGACUACUUACUUGGAAGCUCCUGGUGGUGGCAUGUUAUGGUAA